AUGACGAGGUCAUCUCUCGCCUCCCUGCCAGAUUCCCAUUACUUCGUGUGCAAUCCUACAACAAAAGAGUGGGCUGCAUUGCCAGAUUCCAACCUAGGCCACAAGGGGCGGGCUUUAUGCUUGGGUUUUGAUCCCGCCGUGUCCUCCCACUUCUAUGUAUAUGAAUUCUUUGAAGACUAUGUGUGUUUCCCCCAAUCGGUCCCUUCUGUCAGGGGAGUGGAGGUGUAUUCCUCUGAAACAGGAGAACGAGUACAUAGGGAGGACAAUGCUAUUAUCCCUUUGGGUUAUCGAUCGCCAAGUGUCUUUCUGAAUGGUUGUCUGCAUUAUCUCACCUACAAUGAUCCUGCUAUAGCCGUGCUGGACACUCAGGGGAAACCAUGCAGAAGCAUACCUGUCCCUGACAAUGAGGAUUACGGUUUCAUUCAGCAGUCCCAAGGCCGUUUGCACUAUGCCAAUUUUGAGGCAGAUGAUGAAGAUAAACUGACUCGGCUGGUGGUUUAUGUUCUGGAGGACCAUGAAAACCAACGAUGGAAAUUGAAGCAUACAGCUGAAGCGUCAUAUAUACUUGAUUAUACACGUUCUUAUCUUGUACGGGAUGACUUUGAAUGGGUUGCAAUCCAUCCGGACUGUAACACGAUCUUCUACACUGUUGAGCCGGAUAAAACAUUGAUAUCCUAUGAUAUGGACUGCCAGCAAGUCCAAGUGAUCUGCACUCUUGGAGCAGACACUCGGGAGAAAUAUUUCCCGUAUGUGCCAUUGUUCUCAGAGUUACAAGCUUUGCACAUAUGA